CAACCACCAGCCACCCUGCUAUCUUGUAUAGUAACACAUUCGUCGAUAGUCUCUUCUAAUGUUUCCUUCAUCGAAAUUCGCGUCAUUUCUCAGUUUUAUUCGACGUGACUCAUUGGGUUUUCCCUAUGGAAACAAUUUGUUGGCCAUGUAAUUAUUAGAAAGAUGUCCCGGUUAAGCAAUGUGACUUAUAUGCUAGUAUGUAUACAAAACGUUGUUUGUCGUUUAGUUCGAUAUAACGUGGAACAUUACCGUAUCGUCAAAUUCCGUCUUGAUCUAAAGCUUCGUAUCGAAUAAUAAUUUUCUGAAUGUAGGUUGUAUACACAAUAUGUAUGUAUCGAUCUGCGCGUUAACAGGUCGAAGGUAUUUCUAAAAUCAAUGGCAAAACUGAACACUGGUAUAAACAUGUCAGCGACGUUAUCCUGAACAGAAGGAAAAGAAAAAUGAUUCGAAAGCUGGAUUGAACAUUUUCGUGGAUCAAUGGAAUGGCUACGCAACGCCAAGUAUCUCAACAGGUCGUUUCCUUUUUGAGAAUGUUGUUUAAGGAAAUAGAUGUCUGACAUUGACAACGAGCCAAUUGUUCGAGUGCAGCGGAAGACAGUGUACAAGAAAACACUAACACCUGCAGAAAUAUACUGGUGGCAUUGUCAUGGAUUGUUGUGAUCCUGACGAUGCCGUUUUCCCUGUUCAUCUGCUUCAAGGUGGUACAGGAAUACGAAAGAGCUGUGAUAUUUCGUCUGGGACGUCUCCUUUCAGGCGGCGCUAAAGGACCCGGUAUCUUCUUCAUCCUUCCUUGCGUGGACAACUACGCUCGCGUCGACCUACGAACACGGACCUACGACGUUCCUCCUCAAGAGGUGUUGACGAAAGACAGUGUGACGGUGUCCGUUGAUGCGGUGGUCUACUAUCGCGUGAACAACGCGACGAUUUCGAUCGCGAACGUCGAGAACGCUCACCAUAGCACCAGACUACUGGCUCAGACCACGCUUCGGAACACCAUGGGAACCAGACCGCUUCACGAGAUCCUCAGCGAGCGUGAAACUAUCUCAGGAAACAUGCAGGUGUCUUUGGACGAAGCUACCGACACAUGGGGAAUUAAAGUCGAACGGGUUGAAAUCAAAGACGUGAGGCUACCAGUCCAGUUGCAGAGAGCCAUGGCCGCUGAAGCGGAAGCCGCUCGUGAAGCUCGUGCAAAGGUAAUCGCAGCUGAAGGUGAACAGAAAGCUAGCCGUGCAUUGAGAGAAGCUUCGGAGGUGAUCGGAGACUCUCCUGCCGCGUUGCAGCUACGCUACUUACAGACACUGAACACCAUUUCAGCGGAGAAAAACUCGACAAUCGUGUUCCCGCUGCCGAUCGAUCUGUUGACUUACUUCAUGAAAGCGGGUGAUGCGAAGAAUUCUUAAUCACGGUAACAUUCGUUACCUUCAAGCACUUCGUGAAGCCGAAACCCCGCGAUGAUCAGAGUAGCCGUACUCUCUCCAUGUCCAAGGAAAUUAAAUUCAUCGUUUCUUUCAGAAUCGAUUGAUAUUCGCGUCAAUCCUGAUUCGCAGCGGGGUCGCCGAUAUUUGACGAAUCAGACUUUCAAUCGUAGUACACUCACAGGCUAUAAAAUUAAACGAUAUUCGAAGGAAGUUCUAUAUCUACGAAAAAACACACGUAUACACAAGAUCUCGGUCAAUUUCGAACAGUACAAUCAUUCGAGAAGUUCUUUCGAUCUAAUAUUAUUCUAUUUAUAAAUCAAUCUUGAACUGACUCUAAUUUCAUUGAUAAUGCAAAAAGACUAUCGCACUGUCACCGCACUACAGUUGACUAUCGACCAAUUUUCUAACACUCUGUAUACUUUUUAAACUUUCACCCGUAUUUUUAUAACUCAUUUACUUAAUUUACUCGCGGGUACACGACCUAUAGUUUAUACAACGGCAAUUUUUAAUAAAAAUAAGAACAUAUAGAAAAAAGAAUAUAACUACGGUGAUUCAACGUGAGGUACAACUGUGUUUAUUAUUCUCUAUAACGAGGUAUAAAAAGUCUAGAGGAAAGUUAGUAGAGCAACUGCUCGCUGUUGUACAUUCUAGUCAUUGGAUUCGGAAAUUCGAUAAGACAAGAAUUAUUGAAAUUUGAUUGAUAAAUAAUCUAAGCGAAAAGAACCUAAUUUAUAAGUAAAUGAAAACACUGGUAAGGAAUUCGUGUAUAUUAAGUGUAAUUGACACACUGUCCAUUUAUAUCGACAGUUUCUUUUUUCUGCUAUGUGAAGUCUGAGUGUAUGUUCGUUCAUGUAAAAUAACAUACGUAAACUGUGCUCAAAUGUACCCUACGUACUCGGAUGGCGAUGAAAUAUUCGUUUCUUCGUCGAUACGGAAUCAAUUGUCGCGACGAUCGAUCGAAUCGUACAAGCUUUGUUUGCGUGUUUCGGAAAAUCUUUAAACGGCCUUCGACGAGGUUUACCGAUAAAUACGUGAGUGGCGUGUUCCGUUAGGCGAUAAUCUCUGCUAAAAGCAAGGCGGCAAACAUAAAAUUAAAAUAAACGUAAAUUAAGAUACAUUAGAGAACAAUUUACGAUAUUACUCUUACUCGUUCGAUGAUCAUAAAAUGUUGCUCGUGGAAUGGAAAUGGAAAAUAAUGAGAAGGAUUCUCGAGAAUUGGAAAUCGUUUAGCGAAAAUAAGUUUCAGGAGUUGAGUUGGGCAAAGAAGAUUAAAUGAAAGUAUAUCGGAGCGUUGAAAGAUAUUCACUUCCACUUAUAUGUAUGUGUGUAAAAUUCAUUUCUAAUUAAUAGAGGAAUAAGUGGAGCUCAUCUUAAACUACAAUAGAGAAUAGUCGAUCGAAAUCGUGGAAUCGAAUUCGAAUUCGCUUUCAACCGAGAUUCUGCAUUUUCUAACGAUGAGAACUAUACCUACCUCUGUGCUACGUACAUGCUUCUACUUCUACUUGUGAUACUAUGUUACGUUAAUGUAAACUUUUGAAUCGAUUUAUAACAUCUGCGGACUGUCGCAGACGGACAAAGUACGAAUAUAUUUGCGAAACCAUGAUAAUACCUUCGUGCCCACGGUAUCGUUCACAAUACGAACAAGUUUCGGACAAUUUAUAUCAUUAUUACAAUAUCAGCAACAUGCUUUCUUUCAAAGAUCAUUUUUAAACUUGAUUGAAAUUUAGUUUUGCAAUUUCAUUAUAUUUGCAACAAGAAAGACUGAUUGCAUUUAGAUGUAGGCACGAGGGUGUUGACCCUGUUAUUUUUUCUUCUAGCAACGUUAGCGCUCACAUUUUAAACAAUUUAUUACUAUCUCGAGCCGAUGUUAUACUCAUAUAGCGUUCGACAUAUGAUAACGAAAAGCGAUCGAACCUUCUUCACCGUUUACACCAACAUGUCAAUCCUUCUAUCGACUUAAAUGUGUGCGAAUAAAAGUUGAAAUUGUA